AUGGCUAUUGUUGUCAAAGAGGUUGAAAAACAGGGAGCCUUCUCCCCUAAGAAAAAGAAAUCAAAGUGUCAACCCACGGCUUCGCCAACUAAUGUAAUUGAAAUUCUUGAAGAGCGAGAUUUCGAUGAAGCCUUGGUUGAUGACGCUGAGCAGGAAGCCGCAACCGCGUUGAACUUUGUAAAUUUGCAAAAGAACGGAGAGCUCGAUAGGAAGCUAAGGGAAGAUAUGACACGAAAAUUACUAUCACAGCCCUAUAAGUCUAUGAAUUGCAAUCGUAAACAACUGCCCACGUUUGUGAAAAAACAGGAAUUCCUUGAUCUGGUCGACAGAAACCAGGUAGUUGUGAUUAGCGGUGAAACAGGCAGUGGUAAAACCACUCAGCUUCCUCAGUACUUGUUGGAACACGCAGUUCUAAGAGAUAAUGGCUCUUGCACUCGCAUUGUCGUCACACAGCCCCGUCGUAUCUCGGCUAUCUCAGUCGCUGAACGGGUCGCCAGUGAACGUGGGGAGUCUCUGGGAAUGGAUAUCGGGUAUCAGAUACGUCUAGAUUCAAAAUUUCCCGCUCGUCCUCAAGGAUCUAUCCUAUUUUGUACCACGGGUGUUGUUCUUCAGUGGUUCCAUAGUGAUCCACUUCUUCAAUCAGUUAGCCAUAUUGUAGUGGAUGAAGUUCACGAACGCGAAAUGCUUGGCGACUUUCUGAUUGCUAUGCUCAAACGCAUUUUACCACUGCGCCCCGACUUGCGUGUAAUCCUCAUGUCUGCCACCAUGAAUUCGUUGAAAUUCUCAGAGUUCUUCGGUAAUUGCCCUCAUUUGGAGAUUCCUGGCCGUACAUUUCCCGUUGAGUCUUUAUUCCUUGAAGAAGUAUUGCGUAAAACUGGUUACCAAAUGCCAAUGGACGCACUGCAACGAUUCGAAAGAUUUAACCAACGCCAGAGCAAAUAUCGUUCUGGUCUAGGCCUCGGUAGUAAGCAAUUUCUCAGUGCAAUGGAUAUUAACGUCUGUGCCCCGCCAGAAUUUAUUGCAGCUGUCAUUGAUUAUAUCGCUAGGAGAUGUGAUCCUGGUGCCAUCUUGGUAUUUGUUCCUGGAAUUGGGGAGAUAAAGGAUGUAAUGAAAGAGCUUCGCAGAAUUGAUGGCCAAUUUUAUGGAAAUGGGCAUGGGAGCAGUGCCGUGCUCUAUCCGCUACACUCUCGUCUUACGAUGGCAAAUCAGUGCGCUGUUUUCGGCAAGCCACCGCAUGGAAAGCGAAAGAUUGUCAUUGCUACCAAUAUUGCUGAAACAAGGAAAGUUUUUAUUCCAUUACCUUUAAAAAUUAAUCCCACCGUUUGA